CUCGUUAGCCCAUAAUCCGCCCUUGCGGUGCCGAUAUAUCCCAACUUCGAGACUGAACGUCGUAUACGAAAAGCGAAUUGAGUGUCUGUGGCCUUUUCAAGAGUACGUCGAAUCUCUUCCCACGCCGCGAACGGUGCGAUCGAGAAGCUGCUCGUCCGAGAAAUGUACGUGUGAAAUGACGCUGAACGCGCGCCGCGCGACUUUCUCUCGGCGAAGAGCAUCCUCCGGUUAGCGCGCGAUGUGCGAGGUGUCGAAGGGCCAGCGCAGGACGUUCCGCGACCAGGAUCCGCCGCGAAUAUGCAACAAGAGCGCGGAGAACCUUCUGCGGGACGAGCUCGAAUUUUCGCGUUCGACCCCGAGCUCACCGACGACCCUCCAGCGCGCCGCCAGCCUCGAGAAGUGCUUCAGCGAGCCCGAGUUCUUCCAGAAGCAGCGCGAGCUGCUCUCGAAGCACGAGCAACGGACGAAGGAGAAGGACGGCGACGUCGAGGAAAGCGUCGCUCCCGUUUCCACACGUGGCGUCGACGACGACCCCGGAAGUACGGCCGACGCCGCGAGGAGCACUGAGGAUCUUCCGAGAGAACCCUCCGACAAAGUGCCUUCCCCUUGCGAACAGGCGAGCGAGGUGAUUACUAACGGUCUCAAGUGCGACUCGGACGACGUUGACGGUUUGACAAACGGAAAAAAAAUGGCACCGGUUUUGGGCGUACCGCCACCGCCACCACCGGCUCCUCAUAUGGGACCAGACGGCCUGAUUUUGCCGAAGAAACCAUAUAACCCUUGCCUUACCUCCACUAAUCAUAAGGACCUUCACAGAGAAUUACUCUUCAAUCAGAAAAUCGGCAAGAAUGUCUUGAACCAAAAGAGCGAGUUGCAACGUGCCCUGGAGAAACAGAGGGAAGCUGCGUCGAGAAGGGAGGCUGAAAGAAUCCGAGAGGAAAAUUACAAGGACGAUCCCAGGACCGCAUUGCAGAGGGCGAUCGAACAGAGAGCAAGACACAUUCAAUUAACGCAGGAGCAAUCACAGACGACGGAAGCGCCGAGCAACCUCUUGAUAACAGCGAGAGCGAAGCUGAGACCUCGCACCGAGUCCCAGUGAAUCUGAUGAAGAUCGAAGGUCGCGAAAGCUGUGGUUUGAAGAGGACUGGGUCCGCUCGGGGGGCUCGGACGGAUCUCGUAAUUUCACACUUCGGCGCCUUAUCGAUCGCAAUCAGUGUACAUAUGCAUAACCCGAUUUCCUUGACAUCUGGAGGAUUAUUAGCAGCGUCAUUUGCCGCGUCGAAUACGUGUAUUAUUUUGCAAUAGGCGUCAAGAUAACACGAUGGGACGUAACGAGCGCGUAUCAGCAGAGCAAGAAGAAAAUCCCUGGAUCUCUUCUGAGAAAUGUCUUGUCGAGUAUUCAGCGUGCGACGCGCGUCGCCCCCGUCAAAUCUGUAAAAUCAUUCCCAAACAACGCGAAGGACCAACCGUAUCUCGAGGAUUAGAACCAUCUUUAUGAUGCGAUGCAACGCGACGCAAUACGUCGGUUCAGACGCCGUAAAUUAUAAUGUCGUUUUGCGUACUAAGCAACGCGCAAGUGGGUAAAACGCUCGUACGUAAAACGCAUCACGUAAUCGGGUGUCCCGAUGUACAAUACAAAAAUCAGCAGGCAACCACAUGUCUUCAUUUGAUGAUAAAUCAAUCUGUGCCGAGCUUAGCUUGAUGACCAAUUAGCGCGUCGACGGUAACGUUAUUAUAUACAGCAAUUAUCGUAGGUAACACGAUAAUCCAGUUAUAUCGUACGUGAGAACGUCGACGUAGGAUAUAGUAACCGACGUAUUUUUUCUUACGAGGACGGAGAUUUGUUGUUGUGAGAGCAUCGACGGCGCGAUAGAAACACAAUAGGACAGAUCGACAAUAGAUUAGUAGUGAUAGACGAGAUAGGGCGAGAAAUAACGCUGAAGAAUUUAUUCGUGGACGAUGUUCGUCGAUCAUCUGAGCGGGAGAAAGCUCGUCUCUGAUACGAAUAUUUCUUUGAUUUUGAGAAAUAUAUUCUUUUUAAUUCAAGAAAGUUCAAAAUUAUGUCACAGAGUCAAUUGAAUGAAACACAGCUGUCAAAGAUUGUUCGCAAAACAUUUGUUGGCGCAACGAUGAUGAAAUUUAUUCGUUUCGUUUGUACACACGCGAGCAAAGCGACGCCGCUCUGUAAUUUAAUCGCUCGAGUUCUUUUUGUGCCUGGAAGUUCGCUUUCCCUUCUAUUUCUUCUCGGAAGUCACGACGGAGUCCUCCACGAUCUUCAACGCGGUUCCAGACACGUAGAAAGAAUGUAUUUUGUACGAAGCUUAACUUAGAUUGCCGACGGUGGCAUUACUUCAUCCUCUGCAUUCUUAGCCGAAUAGAUAAAUCUGAUUAAUACGUAGAUAGAAACGACUCCGCGAAAGUAUGUGCGAUUGAUUAUAAAGCACGAAAAUAUGUUAAAGUUUCCGAUUUGUCGCGGUGAAUCGCGCAAUUACUUGAACACUAAAGCAGGAUUACAUCGUUACAUGAAAGCCACUGGAAGUAAAAAUAGUUUCCGCUAGGAGACGAGAGACCAACAAGUCGGGACUCCGCGGGACCAUGUGUUCUUAUACCUCGUUACGCAGCAGUAAGAGAUCCGAUAUCUGCCUUGCAGAGUAGCAAUUAUGAAAUCGUAUUUAAGUAUCAAAUCGACGUUUAAUAUUAGCUAUAUUUCGUGGCCCAUUAGAUUUGAAUUCUGCGAGAAGAGCCCCAAUAUCUUAGGUCGAGAAUAAUGUAAGCCGUUAAGUUUGUUACAACUUUAAUUCACCAACCGAUCUUUAUAAUAUAACUCGCGCUUAAAUGCGUAAGGAAAUAUAUCCAUAUACCAAUAGAGGAACCAGA